ACCAGGCAUUCAAGGCCCUUCUCAGCCUCCCUGGCACCCACACGCUCGGGCCUCACCCAUCUUCUCCCACCCUCACUAAGCCUUUCCCACCAUUUCAAGCAACUGUGUUUGCUCUGAUUCUUCCUGUUGCUGGGUGGUCCCGGCUCAUCCUUAAGGCCCAGCAACAACAUCACCUCCCCUGGGAUGCCCUCCCAGCUAUGCUGCUCCCACCCCAGGCAGCUCGCUGAACUCAGGAGCCCACAGCCCUCCGGGUGGCAUCUUGGUGGUUUGUCCUGGGUUUGUUUCUAUCCCGUGGUCUGGAUACAAGAGGGGGCCCCCACCCUGACACCCGGCUCCACUCAAGCUUCUCUUAAUGCCAUGGGGUUCUGCGGACUACCCCUCCCACACCACGCCCUAGGGCAGGGGCCCUGGGCUCAGCCCCUCCAUGGUUUAUGGGAGGCGGGGUCCAGGCUCCCUCUCCCCGUCCCCUGCGCACUCCAUGGCAGCCAGACCUACUGUGACUCCAGUGUUCACCGGGGUGGGGACUCAGGAGGGCUGGGCAUGAAGGGUUCUCAGGAAGCACUGAGAGUGGAGGGAGCAUCAUCUGUCCAGGGAGCUCCGGGCAUCCUCCACUCCUGUCCUCGCCUCGCCACCCUGCCCCACCUGCCCUCUCCCACUCCACAGCCCAGGCCGCCACCUUUCCAUCCGGGAUGCCUGCACUAGCCCCCUCCAUAGGUCCCCUGAGCCACAUGUCCUCAAGGCCCUGUGUCCUGACCCCCAACUCCGCCCCACCCCAGCAGGCCUCUGUUUUUCUCACCACCCUAGCUCUUUCCCACCUGGCCUGGCCUCUUCUCUUCCCCAGCUGAAAUGCCGCUCCUCAGAGGAGCUUUCCAGGUGAUGCUCCCCCGGAACUCUCCCCCAACACCCGGGGCGUUUCCCUCAGGGAGCUUGUGAUGAUGUGAACUUGUCCUGCGUCCUUGCCAACAGGCUUCUUGUGGGAACACCAGGAGGGCAGGGACCUGGUCUGUCCUCUCCCCUAACGUCCUCUGGGUCCGGGCACCUGCUGAGCGGGUGAAUGGGGUCUGUGACUGAGUGAGCUCAUCCCUGAAUAAACCACCACGGUGUGACUGGGAGCCGGUCAAGUUACCUCUCGGGGUCUCGCCUUCCUCCAUCCCGCCCCGGACCACCCACCACCCGACCACCCAGCUUUGGCGAACUGGGCAAAAAACUUCUUGCCCCAGAAAUGGGGAGGAGUUAUCCAGCUCACCUCCUCGCCUCACCCUCCCAGCCCCACUCACCCCAGCUGCUCUCCCAGGCUUCCCUCCCUCGCCAGCCACCCACGCUGCACCUCCUCCCAGCCCCACCCUGCCCGGCCCCUCCCAGGUGCCUGUGGUGGAGCAGUCGGCUCCCAGGGCACCUCUGAUGGACUCUGGGCGGCACACCAUGUGGGCUCUGAGGCCCUGGGCCCGAUACGGGCUACUGGUUGUGGCCCACCUGCUAGCCCUGGGACUUGGGGCUGCAGUGCUCCAGGCCCUGGAGGGGCCUCCAGCACUCCAGCUCCAGGCCAACCUCAGGGCCGAGCUGGCCACUUUCCAGGCGGAGUACAGGGCCUGCCUGCCACCCAGGGCACUGGAAGAGCUGCUGGGCACCGCCCUGGCAGCCCAGGCCCACGGGGUUUCCAGCCUGGGCAAUGGCUCCCAGGCCAGGAACUGGGAUCUGCCCUCAGCCCUACUCUUCACUGCCAGCCUCCUCACCACCACAGGUUACGGCCACAUGGCCCCACUAUCGGCAGGUGGAAAGGCCUUCUGUGUGGUUUACACGGCCCUGGGGCUGCCAGCCUCCUUAGCACUUGUGGCUGCACUGCGCCACUGCCUGCUGCCUCUGCUCAGCCGCCCGGGUGCCUGGGUAGCCAUCCAUUGGCAGCUGACGCCGGCCAGGGCUGCGCUACUGCAGGCAUCUGGGCUGGGCCUGCUAGUGGCUGGUAUCUUCGUGCUGCUGCCAGCACUGGUGCUGUGGGGUCUGCAGGGCGACUGCAGCCUGCUGGAGGCCAUCUACUUCUGCUUCAGCUCACUCAGCACCAUCGGCCUGGGGGACCUGCUGCCUGGCCAUGACAAUGGCCUGCACCCAGUGUUUUACUACCUUGGCCAGUUCGCACUUCUGGGGUACUUGCUCCUGGGGCUCCUGGCCAUGCUGCUGACCGUGGAGACGUUCUUGGAGCUGCCCCAGGUCCGUGCCAUGGUGAAGUUCUUCAGGUCCAGGGGCCCUCUGAACGCUGAGGACGAAGGUGGCAUCCUAGGCCAGGAUGAACUGGCUCUGAGCACCCUGCCACCCUCAGCAGCAGCCCCAGAACGGGCCCCAGCUUGCUGACAGAUGUCAGUGAUGGAGUUGAGCUCCUUUCAGGUGGAGAAGCCUGAGGAGGAAGCCAUCGGGAGUGGCUGGGGAAGCCUCUGGGGGUGGGAGGGGAAGGGAUGGAUGUAAGGACCUCAGGGAAUGUGUUAAUAAAAAA